AUGGCCUCCGUCUGCAGGGACUCGACGCCGUUGCUGUCGAGAAAGUAUUCGACCAGCUCCGGGAGCUCAGCGGCGCCGCCUAGAUACUGCACGACCUGCCGCAUGCACGGCCUCCUCGCCGGCGAAUAGUGGGAACAGAGCAAACCGAGCUUCAAGACCAACUCGACCUCCUCCUCAGAGUAGUCGCUUCCCAGUCUCCCAUCCACAGACUCCCGAAUGGCUCCCCUUCUCCAAUUCUUCAGCAACCAGGCCACCAAGGUGAAGUCCUCCCCCGGCGUAUGUGAGUCAAGUGGCCUCCUUCCACAGGCAACCUCCAGAAGGAAAGCUCCAAAGGAGAAGACGUCAGUGGCCUUGGAGGCGACGCCGGUUGUCAGGAGCUCGGGGGCGAGGUAACCUGGUGUACCCACCAUGCGGGUGGAGGUGGGAUUGUUGUCCUCAUUAUCGUACAACCUGGCGAGGCUGAAAUCUCCCAGUCUCCCGUUGAAUUCACCGUCUAGUAGGACAUUGCUGGCCUUGAUGUCUCUAUGGAUGAUGGACAUCUCCCACUCUUCGUGCAUGUAGAGGAGUCCUGCGCCCACAUCCUUUACGACACGAAAUCUCUGGGCCCAACUAAGAGUAGGAUGAUUGGGGUCAUGGAGGAACUUGUCCAGGCUGCUGUUGGGCAUGAAGUCGUAGACCAAGAGGAGCUCCCCCUUCCGCCGGCAGUACCCAAGGAGCUGGACGAGGUUCCGGUGCCGCAGCUGGCCGAUGGUGGAGAUCUCCCUGAUGAACUCCUUCAUCCCUCUUGUGGAUUCUUGGGCAACUAUCUUGACUGCGAUCGCUUGUUUGGACCCGGGCAUCACGCCUCUGUAAACCCUGCCGAAGCCUCCCGUGCCAAGAAGCCUCCCGUCUCCGAACCCUUUCGUCGCAUAGUACAGAUCCUUGUAGGAAAUCCUCUGGGAAGAGAAGUCGGCUUCCCACUCUUCGAACAGCUCCGAGAAUUUGAUCCUCCUAAUCACAAGGAACACCACAACGGCGCAUAUGAUCAUUGCCAAUACAGGCACGAAUAUGGGCACCCAAAUAUCUGCGGCCCGCGCCCUCCCCGAAGACCCAUGUCGAGGGAGAGGAGGGAGGGUAGACGGGUCGAGGGCUCUCGCCAUCCCGUUCAUCCGGAAGCUCCAACCGAGUAAGUAGUGCGAAGUUCGAAACGAGCCUGUCGACGAGGAGAAGCCCACAUACAUCGUCUCAGAGAGGACAUUUGUGAGGUCGACGGCAGCCGAUAUGAGAGGGAUCUUGGGCUUAGAUAUCUGGGUGGGAGAGAGCGUGAUGUUGAGUCGCCUCUCCGAGGCAUCGUAAUCCACCCAAGCUUGCAAGGGAUUCCCACUGAUGAGUGUCAGCUCGUUGAAUCUACCGGAGUCAUCAUCGAAAUAACCAGCAGGAGAGGAAUUAAAGGAGAUGUAGCUGUUAAUGUCGAUUCCUACAUGGUUGUCGUUGAUAUCCUCCAUAUCCCUGUUAUGGAUCGUGUCCAGCUCGACGGCAAAGAUGUGAUUCACUUCGUCGCGGGAGCUAGACUUGUUGAAGAUGCCGAAGUAUUGAUUACUCGUGGCUCCUCGGAAAUCCUUCGUAGGAGAGAUGACGAAGGCAAUACCAUGGCCGCCUAUUCCCUUAUUAUCGGGAACGAUGGCGAAGACGAAGGCGGAUGAGAAGGAUGAGAUAUUACCGGUUGGGGAGCUCCUGAAGCGAAUUGGGGCUGGGAAAAAGGCGUAGCCCGUCUGGAGCCUCUCGGGGCUCGUUAGCCUCAGAAGGCCGUCCGGGGAGACGACCGCUUUGCCGUUCAAGCUCAGAUUUGCAGAGCUUAAUCCAUUGAAGAAGAUGUCCUCAUCAUCGGAAUCUCCCAGCUUGAAGAAGAGAAACAGCCACACGAGAAACUUCACGACGCUCCGCUGACCUUUCCAGAUACACAUUUGUUGAUGAACGGUGUAGGUAGGGAUAUCAGAAUCUUGAGAUAUCUGUACAGCUUCCUGAAAUCUCUCCUCUUCGUCAUCCGAGUUCUUCCUCCUGAGAGUACAAAUAGAUAUAAGGACUGAUAUCUCUCUCUGCUUCAUGGUUUGUCCUUAGGAAUCACCCGAACCAGGUCAACUUAACCGAAUCCGGCUAUAUUUUACUGGGCCACAACCUGCUCCGGAUAUACGUGCUUGAAGGGUUUGAAUGGUCCAAGUACGAACCCGACCUGUGAUGUCUCUCUUGGGUUAAUGAACAAUCCCAAAAGGGUAAUUCUGAACAGACAGGGUGGUGGUCCACCCGCAACGUUGACUAGAUAUCUUUCAGGCAUAUUUCAAGAUAAGUGGGAAGAAACCUCGUAGUUGCCCGACGUUACGUAUCGUCCAUUAAAAUCCGGUGACUUGUGGACCUUUUCUUCCUCUGCGGUCAAACGACACCCUUCAACAUUUGACUUUCAAGCCCUGUGACCUGUCCAACGUCAACAUUCGUGAAUAGUUCAAAUUGAACUCAGGCUUUGCUAUGAAGGCAGGCAAUAUGAGCUUUCUUCUCGUUUUCAGAUAUUAGUCAACGUGGAAAUUAUCGCCCAGAAAGUUGAUUCGGGAAAUUCGGAGAGAGAGAGAGAGAGAUGGAGAGGGGGGGAGAGAGAGGCGAGGAGAGAGAGAGGGGGGGGAGAGAGACGAGGAGAGAGAGAGAGAGAGAGAGGGGAGGAGAUAGAGGCGAGGAGAGAGAGAGAAGGGGGGGAGAGAGACGAGGAGAGAGAGAGAGAGAGGGGGGGGAGAUAGAGGCGAGGAGAGAGAUUUUGAUCUCAACAUGAAGAUUCUUUCGGGGAGACCUUCGUCGUCUUCUAAAGUCAGUUGCAACUUGCAAAUAUUUUAACGUCCAAAUGGAAAAUCCCCGGACACAUCGAAUCUUAACGUCCGCAAGACGAUGAACGGAUUUCAUGGCGAGCAUCCGACUGGGCUAGAUCAUCGGCCUCCGGACACAAGAAUCUCGGUGAGGGAGGAGAACGACCUGCUGUGAUUGUCGUAGGCUUCGUUCUCUAGCAACGUCUGAACGAUAGGGUUCAGAAAAGUAGAUUCGUGAUCGGGGAGGGGACCACCGCCUUCCAGGAACUGCACCACACGCCGCAUGUUCGGCCGCACCCCCGGAAGCGGGUCACUGCAGAGCAAGCCGAGCCGCAGGACCAAGUCCACCUCCUCCAUCGCGCAGUCUCCCAUUCUCGGGUCUGCGACCUUCAGGAUCCUCCCUCUCCGCCAGUUCUCGGCGACGAAGUCGACAAGAACGAUCAUUUCUUCCGGCUGGUGCAGCUCCAGGGGCUUCCUCCCGCAGACAACCUCGAGAAGGAAGACGCCAAAGGCGAAGAUGUCAGUGGCCUUGGACGCCCUCCGCGUCUUGAUUAGCUCCGGCGCGAGAUAUCCCAACGUGCCUACCACGCGAGUCAUCUGAGGAUCGGUCCCGUGGUCGUAGAGCCUCGCCAGGCCGAAGUCCCCCAGUUUCGCCUCCAUGUCGCCGUCGAGCAGUACAUUCCCGGAUUUGACGUCUCUGUGGAUGAUAACCUGCUCCCACUCUUCGUGCAGAUACAGCAGAGCCGAAGCCACGCCCUUGAUGAUGCGGAACCUCUGCGCCCAUUUGAGUCUCCCCCCUUCCGGGCCGAAUAGGAGCUUAUCGAGGCUGCCAUUGGGCAUGAAGCUGUAUGCCAGAAGGAGCUCCCCUUUCCUCCGGCAGUAGCCCUGGAGCUGCACCAGGUUGCGAUGCCGGAUCCUGCCCACGCUGACGAUCUCCGCCACGAAUUCCCUCAUCCCCUGCCUCGACCCGUGGGAGACUUUCUUCACGGCGACCUCUUUCUUUGAUCCGGGAAGAAACCCUCUGUAGACUGUGCCGAAGCCUCCGGCCCCCAGGAGCUGCUUCUCGCUGAAUCCCCCGGUCGCUUCGAACAGAUCCUUGUAGGAAAUGCGGCUGGGCCCCCGUUCCAUCUCCCACUCUUGCAGCUCUGCGAACCUGGCCCUUCUCCUCACCACCAACACGGCGGCGCCGGCGGCGGAGAGUACGAGAAGAGUCGUCGCAAUGGGGAGCCAGAUUCUCAGUGCCUUCUCACUCUUCUCCGUCCCCCCCCGAGGGAGAGGAGGCAAGCGGGAGAGAUCCAGCGCUGGGGCUGUCCCGUUGACCCCGAAGCUCCAACCGAGAAGAUAA